AUGACAAUGACGACGGCCGUCUGGGACCAUCAUGUCGAUCCCAUUCACCAACCUCCGUUUCUAGCCAAGAGGCUCCCCGUCCACUCGGUGGCCUCUCGCGAUGGCCCUGCCAUUGCCAAGCAGCUCAUUGGCAAUGCCCUUGCCCGCCGUGUCGAGGCCGUCGACCACGAGCUCUGCGAGCCUGGGGAUGAGGACACUUUUUUCGUAGCCGAUCUGGGCGACGUUUACCGUCAGCACCUGCGCUGGAAGAAGAAUCUCCCCCGUGUUCGUCCUUUCUACGCCGUCAAGUGCAACCCCGACCCCAUGGUCCUCCGUCUCCUUGCUGCCCUCGGCACCGGCUUCGACUGCGCCUCCAAGACCGAAAUCGAUCAGGUCCUCGCCAUGGGCUGUUCACCCAACCGCAUCAUCUAUGCCCAGCCCUGCAAGACCAACUCGUACGUCCGCUAUGUCAAGGCUGUCGGCGUCCGCCAGAUGACCUUUGACAACAGCGACGAGCUCUACAAGAUCGCCAAACACUUUCCCAACGCUGAGCUCUUUCUGCGCAUUAUCACCGACGAUACUUCCUCGGCCUGCCGCCUCAGCAUGAAGUUUGGUGCUCCCAUGGACACCACUGAUGGUCUCCUCGCCCUCGCCAAGGAGCUCGGCCUCAGCGUUGUCGGCGUCAGCUUCCACGUCGGCUCAGGCUCCGCCGACCCCAUGGCCUACUACCACGCCGUCAAGGAUGCCCAUCUCGUCUUCCAGCAGGCUGCCAACCACGGCUUCCACCUUCGUACCCUAGACGUCGGCGGCGGCUUCUCCGGUGCCACCUUUGAGGUCAAUGCCGCUGUCCUCAGCGGCGCCCUCGACGAGCUUUUUCCCGCCACCAGCAACGUCGAAAUCAUUGCCGAGCCUGGUCGCUACUACGUCGCCUCGGCAUUUACCAUUGCCUGCAACGUCAUUGCCCGUCGCGCCGUCGACGACCCCACCACCGGCGUCACCUCUUACAUGAUGUACAUCAACGACGGCGUCUACGGCAAUUUUUCCAACAUCAUAUUUGACCACCAGCACCCAGUUGCCAAGGUCCUGCGCCGCAACGGCGAGACUGUCUACGACACAGCUAUCACUGGCCCCGCAGUUGACGGCAUCGAGUACUCGAUCUGGGGUCCUACCUGCGAUGGCAUCGACCGCAUCACCGAUAGCACCCGCUUCACCCACCUUGUCGACGUCGGGGACUGGCUCUACUUUGAGGACAUGGGCGCCUACACCAAGUGCUCUGCCACCCAGUUCAAUGGCUUUUCCAACGCUCACGACGUCAUUUACGUCUCCUCUGAACCUACCAUCAAUGCCCUGAUGGGCAUGUAA